AUGUCUGAUCUUCACAAACUGCCCGACGAGCUUCAACUGGCCACCGCGGCCCAUGUCAAGUACAUCCAGGGCCUUGAUACGAAGAAGGAUCAAUAUGAGUACUGGCUGACCGAGCAUCUGCGUAUGAAUGGCCUCUACUGGGGCCUGACCGCCCUUCACCUCCUCCGCCACCCCGAUGCUCUCCCCCGCGACGAGACGAUCGACUUUGUCCUGUCCUGCCAGCACGAAAACGGCGGGUUUGGAGCUGCACCGGGUCAUGAUGCGCAUAUGCUAUCCACGGUUUCUGCCGUCCAGAUCCUUGCGCUGGUGGACGGGCUCGACGAGCUUGACAGGCGGGGAAAGGGCAAGGCGACGACUGGGAAAUUCAUGGCAGAUCUACAGAACCCAGAAACGGGCACUUUUGCCGGCGACGAGUGGGGAGAAGAGGACACUCGCUUCCUCUACGGGGCACUGAACGCACUGUCUCUCCUGGGUCUCCUCAAUCUUGUAGACCUUGACAAGGCCGUAGAGCACAUCGUAGCCUGUGCGAACUUUGACGGUGGAUAUGGUCUUACACCCGGCGCCGAAUCCCAUUCUGGUCAGAUCUUCACCUGUCUGGCCGCACUGACUAUCGCCGGCAGAAUGGACACUGUCGAUGUCGACAAGCUAGGUAGGUGGCUCAGUGAGAGACAACUCCCGAAUGGAGGCUUGAACGGCCGGCCUGAGAAAGACGAGGAUGUCUGCUACAGCUGGUGGGUGCUGAGUAGUCUCGCCAUGAUCCACCGCAUACACUGGAUCGAUCGCGACGCCCUGAUCAAGUUCAUUCUCCGAUGCCAGGACACAGAACUGGGUGGUAUCUCUGACCGGCCCGGCAACAUGGUCGAUGUCUGGCACACGCUCUUUGGCCUGACGGGCUUAAGUCACUUGGGAUACCCGGGGCUGGACACUAUCGAUCCCGUGUAUUGUCUACCCAAAUCGACCCUCGACCGUGUCCUAGGGACACAAAGGUAG